UCUCCGGAGAAGAAGAAGAAGAGGUUUGUCGUCGGCUGAAAGACGUAUUCUUGUUGUCAUUGUUGUUGAGGUCGAACGGGACGUACAGGAAGCAAUGGGCAUUAAUUUUGGAAAUAUGGAGAAGGCCAAUGACCUGCUAGUCAAGGCAGGACUUCAGCCAGUAUCAAAAAGCAGCCUGUUGUUCUACUAUAUGCCCAUGAAGGGAGUGAUUUCGUACACAAUGCUGGCCAGUCAGAUGCUCACCCCGGAGUUGUACCAAGACGUCACCAUUUUUAGAUUUUUCGGAAUACCCCAGUACAUAUCGCUAACAAAUGCCUGCUUGGUUAAUUCACUGACUGGAACAGCUUUGUACUUGUAUUCUCGUCCUCAUCUUGCAAAAGCAGCCCCAAAGGAAAGGAUUCUGUUCUGUGCCUUUGGAAGUACCAUCUUUAACCUUGGAUCCAUGUUGGCCUGGGCCUUAGGCAGCACCGUAGCCCCUGGGUCUCCAGCCCUCCGUUUUCUGAUGGGGGUUGGGGGAGCAGUAGGGAGGGGUACUGUAUGUGGGAAACGAUACAUAGCUCAUGUAGACUCUCAAGUUAAAAUCAAAGAGUAAUUAAUGGCCUUGUAAAUUUGAAGUGAUCUUUGUACAUAUGGUCGAAUGUUUUUUAAUAUUUUAGUAACGAUUUAGUGGACUCUCACUAAGCAUUGCACAAUGAAAAGUAUGAUUUGU